AUGGUGGUGGUGGUGGUGCUGUUGGUGGUGCUGUUGCUGGAGCUGGAGCUGGAGUUGGUGGAAGUUUUUGGUGGUGCUGACUGGUGCAGAAUGACUGAGCGUGACGCAAGAGCUGGCGCCUCAACGGCCAGCGCAAGCACAAGUACGACUGCGGCAGAAGACGGCCUGGAAUCGGUCGAUCUCAGCCAGUAUCUAACGGACGAGGAUCGCUUCGAACGGCCGGCCUGCUGGGACAUUUUUGCCAAGUGGCGCUUUUGCACCACUCCAAGCCACCAAAUUAAGAAUUAUUACAUCUACGGCGAGGUCGACCCGUGUCUCUGGCAAUGGGAAGACCUCAAGCUCUGUCUCAAGCUCAAGCUUGAGCGGCCCGAAGCAGCAGCGCGCAAGUGGGAAGCCCGACAACAGGAAAAGUUGCAGAAUGAAACACCGCUUGUGAGCGCGGUGGGGACCGUUUGGGAGGCUCGGACCGAGCCUCCAAAGCCCACCCUGCCUCGUACGCACGAGCAGUACUCCGCCCCAAAAGAAGGCAAACAUGACGUGGAUGCCAUCUGA